UCGGAGGCGCAGCUGCUAGAUAUACAGUCGCAGCAUCCUAUUCACGGCCAACCUGGCCAGCAGCAAUUCGGCCACACCCGAUCAAUGUUCUCGGGAUCAGACAUUGAGCUAAUGGGGGGAGUUCUCGGCUCUACUGGUGAAGUACUUAUGACGAAAGACAGCACUUUGAAGUUUUAUCAAUUCUCUUAUCUGAUGUCUCUUGUUUCAAGACUAUACGGCCCUUUUAGCCAGCCGUCGCCUCGAAGAGUCUACUACGUCCAUCUAAAAAUCAGUAUCCACAAGCUAAAACAGAUUCGACAGAUGCGUGUUGUCUAUGUUAGUCCCCGGCUUCAGGAACAGGCCGAAUUGCUAUUGUCGGUAGCGCAGAAUGGCACUGUGGCCGACCUUUUGGCUGAGGCUGCCAGACAUAUUCAGCUGCAACCAGGAGGAUCUGGCGUUCUCCGCCUUUUAGAAGUAAAGUCCAAUAGGAUUGUCCAAGAGUUUCCACGAGAGCUCGAAUUAGCGCAGAUCUCUGCUAAUGAAACCUUACCCCAUUGCUACGCAACCGCAAACAACCCAGUGGCUUGUUCACUCCCGUGUCGGAUCUUUCCUCCUCCCAUGGAUUAUAGUCUACGUGUGGAAGAGGUGCCGCACAACGAGCUUAAUUUGGGGCCCGACAAAUGUGUAAUCCAUGUAACCCAUUUUGACAGCAUUAUACAUAUGAAUUUCGGCGUUCCCUUUACGGUUAUUUUGCAUGACAAAGAGCCUUACAGCGUUCUACGAGAACGUAUCCGCAAGCGUCUGGAGGUGCCAGAGAAAGAAUUUGAGCACUGGGGCCUGGUGAAUUACUUUCAAACGGGUGGACCUCAAUUGCAGAAGGAUUAUCAUCGUGAAGUGCCGUUCGACAUGUUUUUAAAGUCUUCAUACCGGGCAUGGAUCGGAAUUGAUCAUUUAUUCAAGACCUGGUCUCCAAAUGCGCCUAGCGAGAAACCAAUAAAAAUUCACAACUGA